UGUGUUCCAGUUACUUGUACAUUGUUUUAAACCAAAUACUGAAUGGAAAUUGAUAGUGAAUUGUUGUUGAUGUGACUUUAUUUGGGAAUCAUUGUUAGUCAAACAUAUAAUAACUAUGGAAAUAUAUAAAAUAAGAUUUCUAUGGAACCACAUUUUAUUCCUUACAUUUCACUGUAUAACGACCACAAAUACGUUUGUGACAAUGCCAUGUAUGUAUAUGAAACAUUCACAAAAUGUGAAUGAAACUUGUGCAGAAAUAUCUUUUGUGAAAACUAAAUGUAACGUUUUAAAUUGUGCGAACAUGUGCGCAUUGAGUACAGGAUGUUUCUCGUUUUACUACUCGGAUAUCACCAAACGUUGUAUAGGAUGUUUAAUGCAGUAUACGUUACUACAUUCUACAGAUAGCUACACUUAUUAUAUACCGGUCAAAGGAAAGAACGGCAACAUGUGUGGAUAUUUUCAGUACAACAGUCACUAUUAUAGUUUUAACACAGACCUCCUGACAGUAGAGGAAGCAGAGAGUAAAUGUUCCAGUUCUGGUGGCCAUCUUGUUUAUGUUGAGACUGCUUUAGAACAUAGUUUCCUUGAGAAUAUUAGCGCACUUAUUCCGGGAAUAACAAGUAAGUACAUUAUUAUAUAG